GUAGCUGCAGUUGACGUAAAAUGGCGACUCUCAUGCGUUAGCCAGCCAAAACAUUACGGAGGAGCUCAGAAACAGCGAUAUAGGGGGAAAAAAUAAGGAAAUAUCAACCGCUGUGUAUUUCGCCGGAUUUUAAAAAGUGAAGUAAACAUGGCCGAGGAGACGAAGGUGAGCGCAGGCUCGGAGGGGAUCGUGGGCCUGGAUGAGCCCAAGAAGAUGACCCGAGAGGACUGGAGGAAGAAGAAGGAGCUGGAGGAGCAGAGGAAGCUGGGUAACGCUCCGGCUGAGGUGGACGAGGAGGGGAAGGACAUAAACCCUCACAUCCCACAGUACAUUUCAUCAGUGCCAUGGUACAUUGACCCAUCCAAAAGGCCCACACUAAAGCAUCAGAGACCACAGGCUGAAAAGGAGUUGCAGUACUCAGCUAUAGGAGAGUGGUACAAGAGAGGAGUGCAAGAUACGCCUGUGGCCACUAAAUUUCGUAAGGGAGCUUGUGAAAAUUGCGGCGCCAUGACACACAAGAAGAAGGAUUGCUUGGAGCGACCCAGAAAGGUUGGGGCGAAGUUCACAGGCACUGGCAUAGCUCCAGAUGAACACAGUCAGAUAAAUCUUGAUUUGGACUAUGAUGGGAAGCGUGAUCGGUGGAACGGCUAUGACCCAGAGGAGCACCAGCGCAUCGUGGAAGAGUACGCCAAAGUAGAUCUGGCCAAAAGGACACUGAAGGCACAGAAGCUUCAGGAUGAGUUGGCCUCUGGAAAACUGGACCAAACUGAGCGGGAACAUGACAGUGAGGACGAGGAUGAAGAUAAAUAUGCGGAUGACAUCGACAUGCCUGGUCAGAACUUUGACUCCAAGAGACGAAUCACUGUCAGGAAUCUGCGUAUCAGAGAAGACACGGCUAAAUAUUUGAGGAAUUUGGAUCCAAAUUCAGCAUAUUAUGAUCCAAAGACUCGAGCUAUGAGAGAGAACCCGUAUUCCAACACUGGCAUGAAUCCAGAUGAGGUGGGGUAUGCCGGAGACAACUUUGCUCGCUAUAGUGGAGACACAAUCACUAUGGCUCAAACACAGUUGUUUGCCUGGGAGGCCUAUGAGAGAGGCUCUGAGGUGCACCUACAGGCCGACCCCACCAAGCUGGAGCUGCUGCACCGGUCCUUCAAGGUCAAGAAGGAGGACUUUAAGGAGAAGCAGAGGGACGGCAUUCUGGAGAAGUAUGGCGGUGAAGAGCACUUGGAUGCACCGCCUCGAGAACUGCUCUUGGCUCAGACAGAAGACUACGUGGAGUACUCCCGUCACGGCGCAGUGCUGAAGGGGCUCGAGAAGGCCGUGGCUCGCUCCAAGUAUGAGGAGGACGUGCUCAUCAACAACCACACUUGUAUCUGGGGCUCCUUCUGGAAGGACGGCCUCUGGGGAUUCAAGUGUUGUCACUCCAUGGUCAAACAGAGUUACUGCACAGGAGAGACCGGAAUUGGAAUAAACAACUCAGACUGUGUUCCAUUUGAAGAGGGACUGACGCAGCCGCAGGAGGAAGAAGAGCCCAAGUCUCUUCUGGAAAUGCAUCGAGAUAAGAUGAUGAAGGAGAAGAAGAAGAAGAAGAAGAGCAAGAAGAACAAGAAGCGCGGCUCUGACAGUGAUUCAGACGACGACGAGAAGAAGAAAGAGAAGCUGAAGAAGGCGCUGGAAGCAGAGGACAAACGGGCGAAGCACUUUGAGGCAAUAAUGCAGAUGGAUGAGAGGAAGAGGCCAUACAACAGCCUGCAGGAAGUGAAGGCGCCCACUGAGGAGGAGAUGGAGGCGUUCCGCAUGAAACGCUGCCGGCCAGAUGAUCCCAUGGCGUCAUUCCUUGGACAGUGACCUGCUGACAUCACCGACACUCUCCUUACGGACUCUAACCAGAGCUGCUGCUCGGUGAAAAAAAACGUCUCAGACUCAUAAAACUGGACUUUUAUCUUGUAAACUUACAACAGGACUUGUUUGUUUACAAACAUGGAAGAAACUGUGUACAAUGUUUUGUUAAUAUAAUGUUGAACACUUUUUGUUUAGGAUGCCACGGGUCAGCACACCAAAGGACAACAAUACCUGCUUUUGUUUGUACGGAAAGCUGGAAUCAGUGAUUGCGGAGAUGACGCUGAUGUUUGACCUUAACACCCAAACAAAUACAGCCCUCCCAUCAGUGGUCAGAGGUGUUCCUCUUGCUUCCACUGUCUUCAUCGUUAUGCAUCCAUCAAUCCCCACCGUGCACCAGCAGCGACACUGGUUUGGCUAUAAUAGUGUUUGUCUUUGUCUUAGUCGCUGUGAGCCGGGGUUGUGUAUAAACAACACUUUUUUUUCCCAGCAUGCACACAACACUGACCGCUAAUUAACCAUGAUGCGAUAUUCACUGAGUCUGACAAAAAGUGUAUUGGACUAGAAUCAUUAACUGCACCUUUAAACAGUGCUACGUGAAACAAAUGUAAAUAUUAGUUGGUUUUAUUUUGAUUGGGAGCCACCCUUAGUCUCAACUGUAAUUUGAUAAACAGAUCUUCUUUUAGAUACAUUAAUGCAUCAUUUUUAUAAUAAACUUCUGUAUAUUUGUCUGAAUA